GACACUGGCGCGUUUCCGCCAUGGCAGCACCUCUUGUCAGGGAAGGAGCUCACGCAGGACGGCGCAUCAAUGGGCGAUACCAUCGCAACCAUAGCUGCGAGGAGCAAGCUUGAGCGCGUGGCCGCCUACAGGCAGUUGCAGGGGACGCCGCGUCAGCUUUGCCUGCUUUCAGGGCGCACGCUUGACGAGCUCGACUUGCCUGGCGCUGCGAAUGUGAGGCCGACCGACCAGACCGAGUCUCGCAUGGUUGUUCCAGACGUGGCGAGCGGAACGGGUACUGCGUACGUGGUGGGCAGGAUGUCUGGAGAACGGCUUGCAAUUUUACCCGCCGAUUGUGCGAAGGCCACGCUUUUGACGCUGAUGCUUGACCAGGGGUCGAUCGGGGCAACAGGGGCAGCGCUUUCUAUUUUCCACCAGGGCAAGAUGAUCCACGCCAGGUUCGACAAGAUCCACAGGGUCAUCAGGGACUUGAAGAAUGCAGAGAAGCAGUGUAUGGAUUCUCUUUUUAUGGUGUGCAAGAUGUGGUCAGCGUACCUGUACGGCAUGGACAAUAGGAAGUACUUGCACCACAUUGCCAAAUAUGGGAACAUGCCAUGUGACAGUAUUGCAGAGACCCAAGCCAUAUUCGACAACGUAUUGCAAAUGGAGUCUUUCAAGAACAAGAUGAGCCAGCCAAAGCAGGCCAACUGGUUCGCAUGGAACAAGGCAGCGCACGAGCAAAUCCCUGAGUUCUGGGCCACCAAGAUGGUGCUGGAGUCACAGCUGGACGAC